CCCCCUCCCUCCGACUCUCCCUCUCUCUGUCAGGGCCCAUCCGUCUGAGGGAGGAAACAAAGUUCCUAAUCUUCAAACGCCAUCUGACACCAAAUUAUGCCACAUAAACUCAUGUCAGCGUAGGCAGUCUGAAAACAAUCUCCACACCUCCCGGCUUUGAAGAGAAGAAGAAGAAGAAAUAGUCAGGGAGUUGCUGUUUGCAAACGAUGCAAAGAUUUUGACCUCACUGCAACUGGUCUGACUUAAGUUUAAGGACUGACAAGAUGCGUUCCAGUGUGGAUGGACCACCAAGCUCCCUGGGCAGAAGAGGCACUGAGAGCAACAACAAUAACCACCACCACAACAACAACAGAGAAAACAGUGGAAACUCUGGUUCCCAGUAUGCACUAUGUGCUCUAGGGGUCGGGCUUGUUGCCCUCGGCAUCGUGAUGAUUGUGUGGAGUGUGGUGCCUGCAGACGCAGCCGGCAAUAGCAGCAGCAGCAGCGGUUCAGAUGAAGAUUUUGCUAGUAACAGGAAAAAUAAGGCGUCUUCUGUGGCCUUUGUCUUGGUGGGUUCUGGAGUGGUCAUGUUGCUGCUGUCUUUGUGUGUUGGAAUGAGGAACAAACAGCGGGAACAGCAGAGUCUCCAUGCCCAGAACCACAGAGCAGCACCAGCUAGGGAGCAAGACGAAAGAGAAACAGCUGAGGAACAGGCCCGGCAGUACGCUGUACCUACUUAUGAAGAGGUAGUAGGCAGUGGCCAGUACCCUGUUCGACAGAGCAACCAUCGUCCAAGCUCCUCCCACCUACCCUCCUACGAUGACCUGGUUGAAGUUGAUGGUGUACAGUAUGAGUAUGAGGGGUCAGAGAUCACAACUGCCGGAUCACAGCCUACUACAGCUUCCAGUGCUCCUACUGCUGCUACUUCCGCAUCAAAUCGCAGACCUGGGAAAAAUAACCGCAAGCUCCUCCCGAUCAAGAUCCGCAGGAUUAAAUCAGAGAAGCUGCACAUGAAAAAUGCUGAUAACUCUCAGCCAGCAGCUGGAAUCAGUAUAGAACCACUUACUCCACCACCGCAGUAUGAGGAUAAAGUGCCUCCACUUUAAGAUCAAGCUGAUCAUGUAUUAACGAGCUACUGAAAUUCCUGGAAUCUACUAUGAUCACCUUUUGUGGAACUGGAUCUGCUUUGUUAAGCCAAGACUUGAAGACUGGCUGUUCACGCAGAACAUUCUCAGUGGCACUUUGUUAUGAAACACAGUAUCUGUUUAAAUGCAUCAUUAAUGCCACAUUACUCCAAAGCAAAGAACAGAAAAAAACUUAUUUUUUUACAUUUUGGAUCUCACUGGAUCUCUGACAACGAUACAGACAAACGGUGACGGACAUAGUUGCUGUAUCCUCUCUUACUGAGACAGACUCUGUCACAAUGUGGCACAUUGGAUUCAAAGCACCCACCAAAUGCAGCUUUCCUUUAUGUCAGCUGACCUCUACAGUGCACUGACUGUGUCUGUGAGUUGACAGUGGAAGAAGUCAUAAGACAUCAUCGAGUGAUUAUAGUGAGGAUUUGUGUGCACACUUUUUAAGAUAUGCAAAGGGCACUCAGUUUCUGAAGUAGCUGCAGUUAAAGCAGUGUUUCCUUGAGAGGCUUUGCAUUACUACUGCCAGCAGGUUACCAAAUAUAGGCUCCACAGUGAGUGAGCAUUGUGUGUAUUCAGCUGGCUUGACCUGAUGUGGUGUACUGCACAGAAACUUUCCCUCAUUGUCAACAAUAUCAUGUUGCAUGCUCCUCUAGAGCUUUGCAGGAAAUGACAGACAAUUUUGAUAAGUUUUAAGGGGUGUUGGAGUCCAGGCCCUCUUCCAUGUUAGUCUCUUAUUUCAGUAGCUUUUGGUUCAGUUUCCUUUGUCUGCCUGCCUGAAAAGCUGAAAUGUGGUAAUGAGGUCUUCUUUAAAUGUGCCAAGAUUGAGUGUCUACUUGACAGCACCAUUUAAAAGUAUUCUAUUUUUAACUAAGAUAAAACAAAGCUUCUUUAGCAUUCAUUAGCCACAGCUCCCAUGAUGCCUAGCAAUAGGUACUCUACCAAAACUUAAUGGGAUAUGUAGUUGUUGAAUGCCAACAAAAUAUAACUUGUUUUAUCAUAUAGUAUCAAGUUACUUGAAUGUUGCUGUCCAGUACAGCAGUGUAUUUAUUUAACAGGAAGGAAAACCUUGUUUACAGAAGCUAACUUAAAAAUGAGAUAUGACUUCAGCUGAUGUUAUGGUAGUAGGCAUUUCUUUACUGAACAGGACAGGUCUCUUAAAGCUUUCUGAACUACAUUUUACCAGUACAUUGCACAAAGAUGCCAAACCAGUUUAUCAAUAUAUCAUGGCUAAUGAGUUAGCAAACAGUUGCCUAACUACAACUAAAAGCUACAGAAUAAGAUUAGCAUGUCAUUACAGUUGUGUUUCUGGUUAACUGAUAGAAAACGUAAGUGACAGCUCUCAGUUGCUUCUUAGCUAGGUUUAAAGUCCACCUAUUACAGACAAGAAUAGCUGGGUCUUUUGUUCAUUAUUUGCUUAAGGCUUCUCAGUAGCAACUUGUGUUGAUCAGUUUUCUGUCACUUUGUCCUUUGCAGGUAGCUUGUAGUUGAUAUGCAUGUUUUAUUAGACUCAACCGUACAGUAUACAUAUGCAAAAAUAAAUAACUGAAUAAAUAAAUGGUAGUUAAGGUAUGAAAAGGCCAUGCAAAAUGAUAAAUUAGCUGGAAAUCAGUUUGGGAGAGAAUGGUAGGGGUUGUAGUUAAAAAGUAAAUCUGCAAUGUGCUGCAUUUAAUGACUGAAAUUUAUAUGCAGUCUCAUCAGUGCAGCACCAGUGGUCACUAUUAACGUCACCAUUUAAAAGAAAUUACUUUCUAGGUAGAAAGAAUUUUCCAGGAAGCUCAAGGUCUUUUUUUGUGGUGUCAUUUAAUGAGUGGUAAUGCUAACUGACUCCAGCUGCAGUAGAGUUUGUCCUCGAGUUAUACACACUAAUGUACAGUUAAAUUCCUUUGUGUUCAGAGCAAUACUGUUGCUCUUCAAAGCAUUUCAAAAGACAUUGUAUGACUGAACCUGAGCUUCUCCAGUGCAAUAUUGCUUUGACUCCUACAGACAGUGGGUAGAGAGGGAAGUAUAUGAGAGCACGAUGGAAGGAACUCGUGAAUAGUUGAGAGCCUUUUGCUGUAGCUAUGGUGAACACUGUCGAGCAGUGAAGGCAGUAGUGUAGUCUCUGCUUCUCUCUGGGCUUGUUUUUGUUCUUAUUCAAGAUGACCAACAGAGAGACUCUUUGACUGUGCAGCUGUGCCAUAAUAACAGCAGCUAUUGCUCACUGGCUUGCUCAUCACCAUUCCUCCAACCACAGCUUGACUUGCAGCCCUGUUUUCACUUUUGCAGCUUUGCAGAACAUUAAUGGAAAGAGAAGAGAGACAGCUCAAGAUGGGGAAACAGGUUUCAUCAUUAUACACUAUUUUAUCAAUACAUUACAAAUUUGGUGAAGUUGCCCCAUAUUUUUUUCCCUCACUUCAUCACCCAGUUCCACGUUGUGUUUGAGUAAAAUUAAUUAAUGCAAAAAAGAUACUCAGAUAAUCAAAUUAAAGGCAACAAGGCCAUUGAGUCACUUCAGAUUCUUCAUUGGAAUAGAGCACACAACAGAUAUUUCCACAUUUGUGACUUCUUGUUGAAGUUGAAAAUUGCAGAAUAGGUUAUUGAUUCUUUAUUUUUUGUCAUGUUCAGUACUGCAGACAUAGUCAUUGUACCUCACUGGCAAAGGACCAGAUAACUACAUGUCUGAUUUUAUUACUAUGUUGUUAAAAUGUUUUACAUUGAUGAAUUAACGUGUUUUGAUUUAGCUGUCACUUUCUGUUUUACUCAGAUUGAGUGCCUGAAACACAUGAUAUUUGUUGUCUUUUUCAUUUAUUGUUGCUCUGUUGCUUUUUUAUUACUUAAAUCUAUAUUUCUUUUUAUAUGUACUGUGAAAAUAUACUUUUCUAUUCUAAUUUGUGUUUGGAAAGAAAACAAAUUUAUCUCAUGGAUAUUUUAAGAGUAAUAAAAGGAGGUAUUUGAUAAUUA